AUGCCCGCCGUCGUCCUCGCGUUCCCCCUCGGCGCCGUCUCCGCGCGCCGCGCCGUCGUUCCCAACGGCACGCGCGAGAUGGCCCGAAACGCCACCGCGCUCCCCACGCGCUCCUCGCGAUUCCCGCUCGCGUGCCGCGCGGAGCGCGUCUCGGGCUACUCCACCGUCGGCGUCGCCAAGGGCAGGAAACGACGGGUCAUCAAACCCCUGACCGGCAAUCCCGCGCCCCCCGCGCUCGACGCCGAGCUCCUCGGCGACAACGCGACCGAUUGCCCCAGCGACGGGUGCUCCAUCGAGACUUCCAUGCCGGACGCCGACCACGACGCGCCGACGCGCGGCGCCAUGUCCUCGGGAUCCUCCACCGAGGAGGCGCACGAGUGCCAGCAGGCGCAGAUCGAGUCCCUCAGGGCCCUGCGCGAGGUCACCGCCCCCGCCGUUCGCCGCAAGCGCCGCGUGCUCAAGCCCCUGUCCAAGAACCCCGAUCCAUCCGCCACGUGGGGCACCGUGGACGUCGAGGAGGGCAACUGCCCGUCCGACGGAUGCUCCAUCGAGUACGCCGCCCCGGCGGACGACUCCGCGCCGAUUCGACGCCGCGGCUACCAGGCCACCAAGCACUCCAACGAGGAGGCCAGGGAGAAGUGGCGCGCGCAGCUGCAAAACCUGAAGGAGCAGCGCGCCGCGGAUGAGAAGAAGAUCCGAGCCGCGCUCGAAGCCGCCGCUUCUCUUGACGACGACGAAACGGCGGCAAUGACCGAGGAGCAGAAGGCCAAGGCCAAGGCGCAGAAGGAGGCGUUCUACUUCUCCGUCGCGGGCCUCACCGCGCUCACGGGCCUCGGGUUCCUGCACCCGGAGACGGCCGCCGCCGCGAUAAACUCCCCGGCGGCCAUCGACCCGUUUUUCCAGUUUAACCCCGUGUGCCCCGCGUCGGACGGGGUGUUCCGCGUCGGCCAACGAGCCGCGCUGGCGCUCGCGGGGGACCAGAACAUCGAGAACUACCGACCUUUGAUCAACGACGUGCUGAUCCGCGUGCGCACCGAGCUCUGCGUCCUCGAGUCGUUCUCGCGCGAGACGGCGCUGCCGUUCAUCAAGGAGAAGGGCCUGGGUUGGGUCUUACCCAUUCACGAGACGAGCGAGACGUACCUCGCGGGCGUCGUCUUCAUGGUUGGCGCCAACUUCAUCCUACUCGGAUCCACCAAGGUGGUCGCGAUCCUCGCCAUCUACCACGACCUGUCGCUGGGUCUCGUCGCGCGUGGCGCGGGACGGCUUUUGGGCAUGGCCACCCCGGAGGCUGAGGAGGAGAAACGCGAAAGGGAGUUUAACGAGCUCAUGGAGAAGCAGAUGGCGGAGGUGAAGGGUCUGAUGAUGAACCCGCUGUUGUCGCGCGGGGACAGGGAGAAGCAGACGGCGGAGGUGAACGCGCGGUACGCGGCGAUGAUGGAGGACACCAAGGCGGCGGCGGACGUGCGGGCGAAGGGCGACGAGACGAGCGCGCUGAGCAAGGCGAGGAAAGGCGCGGGCGCGGUUGCUGUGCCGCUGCGAUUGUACGGGAAGGCGUCGGGGCUGUUUCGCCAGGGGUGCGAGGUUUUCGACACGUUCUGCAGCCGGUACUUCGUGGCGUUCACCGUGACGUACAUCAUCGUCAAGACGGCGCACUACGUGUUCUUCCCGACCAUCCUGGACGGCGUCGGCAAGCAGAUUGGCGCGUGACGGCUUUUCGCGCAGGAAGAUUAUUAAUUUAUUUUAUAACGAAUUCAUUCGGAGACUGUU